AUGGGUUCAACAAAGUUUGGCAAUUUCAAUGAAUUCUGUCGCGACGCCACGCUCCCCAUCUGCAAUUCAAGGCCAUGGGAUGAUGAGUGCAAGUUGAAGGGCAUCCCUCUGUCUGAUGAACGGCAGCUGGGCAAUCUUGGGUCCAUAAUACUAUGCGGAAUUGCAAUCGUCAUCAGCGUCUUGCUAUUGCUUCGCUCAGAAAGGAAACGGGCAGCUGUCGGGCGGAGAGAAAUGCAAGCGUUCCUCGUAGGAUAUAUACUGAUCUCAAUAUGCGAAAUUUUCUCAGUUGGGGAUUUCCCUUUGGAUAACAAAGUGCGAUUGGCAUUUAGCGCCAUUCAUAUCGGCGCCAUUGCGGCGACCACAUGGAUCCUCUUCCUCAAUGGCAUUGUUGGAUACCAGCUGAUGGAUGACGGGACUCCAUUUUCCCUCGGCCUCCUCCUCGGCUCCUCUCUCCUGUUCCUCAUCGGCGUCGGCUACAUCGCCCUCGACACCGGCUUCUCCUUUACCCAGUAUUGGGACUCGAGCCGAACCGGCGUCAACAGACACAUCGCGCUCUAUGUGCUGUACCUCCUCCUCCCGCUCUUGUGGAUCGUCCUCUACUUCAUGCUAGAGACGGUGCUUGUGCUGAGGGUCCUGGGCGAGACGCGGCCCAUGAUGUUCCUUGUCUCUGCGGCGGUUGCCUUCGCCGCGGGUCAAGUCUUCGACUUCGUGGUCAGCCCGUACAUUUGCAACGGCACAUCCGGCGCGAUCGACGGCGCCCUCUUUGAGACCCUGUUUACGCUAGUGGCGGUGGUUCUGGUUUGGUUUUUCUGGUCCAGCAUCACCGAAGACGACUGGCCGGUGGACCCUGGCAACCCUUACCCUUAA